AUGGCUUCUAAGAUCAUCGUUCUCGGCGAAGUCAACUGCCAAUUGACCAAGGCAUUCACCAAACUAUCAAAGCUCCACACAAAGCAGAACUUCGCUUUUGCCAUUAUCGUGGGCAAUCUCUUCGGGAAUUCGAGUACCGAGAAAGACCUUGCCGAGAUUACGGAGCUCUUGCAAGGCAAUAUCAAUGUGCCUGUCCCAACCUACUUCACGAUCGGAGAUCAACCACUACCAGCCCAAGUUGUGGAAAAGAUCGAGUCUAAUAAUGAUGAAGUCUGUCCAAACUUGUACUUCCUGGGCAAACGAGGCACCCUCAAGACCUCAGAAGGCAUUCGCAUUGGUGCUUUAGGCGGCAAGCUUGAGGCUUCAGACUCCAAGAAACCAGAAAGCAAUGCAAGUGGGAAGUUCCAAGCCACAUACACUGAGUCCGACGCGCGCGCACUCUUCGGCGCCCAGGGCGUCGACAUCUUAAUCACAAAUCAAUGGCCCAAAGGCAUCCGUGUGGGCUCCAAAGCCCCGCUCCCAGAAGACUCGCAAUUGCUUCCUCCAGAAGUCCAGUGCGUCGCCGACAUCUGCAGCAAGCUCAAGCCUCGAUACCACUUCUCGACAUCCGGCCCAUUCUACUAUGAACGAGAGCCUUUCUUCCACAUGCCCACCGAGGACGAACCAAAUGUCAGACCAAUUACCCGCUUCAUCUCCAUGGCCGAGUUUGGCUCCGACCAGAAGGCCCUGUACGCAUUCAACCUCGACCCAAAAGCCGCACCUCCUCUCACCCUCCCACCCGGCACCACAGCGGCACCCUUUUCGGCGCCCCAAAAGCGCAAAGCUCAACCUAGCCAAGGCGAGUACUUCAGUCGCUAUGCCGCAUCACAAGAACCCAACCAUCGCCCACCUGUGCACCCACGAAAGCGGGCACGCGAGCGUGCUCCACCGCCCGGUCCUGAGAACUGCUUCUUCUGUCUCUCAAACCCCAAGAUCGCCACUCACCUAAUCACAUCUAUCGGCAAUGAGGCCUACCUUACGACCGCCAAGGGUCCUCUCCCCCCAGAUCAGUUCUUCCCUUCUUUGGGGUUUCCAGGCCACAUGCUCAUCAUCCCUUUCUCGCACUCGCCGACACUGGAUUCGAUCCAGGACGCCGAGUCCCGCGCCGCAACAUACAAAGAGAUGCAGCAAUACCGCAGCGCAUUACACCAAAUGGUCAGCGAGCGGUCCGGUGGCAAACUCGGUGCCGUGACAUGGGAAGUCAGCCGCGUUUCUGGCAUCCACACGCACUGGCAAUUCCUCCCUGUGCCCAUCCACCUCCUCAAAGAAGGACUCGUGGAUGCGGCGUUCAUGGUCGAAGCCGAGAACUUGCAGUACCCAGCCUUCACCAAGAUUCCCGCUUCGGAAUCCAAAGGGCCCGAUGAAGUGGGCGAUUUCUUCCGUCUGUGGGUCUGGGCUCCAGCAGAGAAGGACCACACGGCCGAAGAAUCCCCCGAUGCUCCCCCGGCUUCCGAAGGGCAAGAGCAUGUCCUUAUGCUGGAACUCACGCCUGACUUCCGAUUCGACCUCAAUUACGGCCGUCGUGUGAUGGCUAAGCUACUUGAGCUGGAUCGGCGUAUGAACUGGAGAGAUGCGACCCAGUCGGUAAAGGAAGAGGAGGUUGAUGCUGCGGCGUUCAAGGAGGCGUUUAAGAAGUAUGAUUUCACGAUGGAGUAA